AACAGAGUAUUGAAUUACUUGAAAGGAAUUGUUUGUGGUCUCUCUCUCUCCCUGCCCCCCCCAAGACCAGGAGUUUUCAUAUGAGAUACUUGUGAGAGGCAUGUACAGCACAGCACGAAUGGGUUAAACUUUUAAUUAGAAUCCAUAGUGGUAGCUACUGAAGCUUAACAGAGAUUUAUAUAAGCUGUUAAGAAGGACAGAAGGCUGCUGUGUAAGCCUGAGCCGUUGGCCGGAGUUCAAGCAACGCCAGGGCACGCAGGGAGUCUGCCCAGGAAGCAGAGUGAAUGAGGAGUUUGUGUAAAGCUUUGGCCCUGGCCUCUCACAAACACACCUACCCUUUUCCGCACAGUAUAGAAUGAGUCUGCUGUAGCAGAAACUUUUUUUUUUAACAUGUAUGUAUAAAGAGGCAGGGAGCAGCGUGGCUUUGCCGGACAGAGGCUUUGAAGCUGCAGCUCAUGGCUUCAGUGUUCAUGUGUGGAGUUGAAGACUUGCUCUUCAGCGGGAGCCGAUUUGUCUGGAACUUGACGGUCUCGACGUUAAGGAGGUGGUACACGCAGAGAGUGAGGGGAUGCCACCAGGCGCUCAGAACAUGGUGUGGGAUAAGGGAUGUUUAUCAGUGGCUCAGCUGGUGGAGAUUACAUGAAAGUCAGUUGAUGCUCUGCAGGAGCCAAAUGACAGAAGGGAGACACUGUCAGGUACAGCUUCUGGAUGACAGGACGUUGGAGCUGCUGGUUCAGCCCAAACUUUUGUCCCGGGAAUUGUUGGAUCUGGUGGCUUCACAUUUCAACCUCAAAGAAAAGGAGUAUUUUGGGAUAACAUUCAUAGAUGAUACAGGUCAGAAUAUCUGGCUACAGUUAGAUCACAGAGUUCUGGAUCAUGAUCUGCCCAAGAAACCAGGUCCAGCAACUUUGUUUUUUGCUGUCAGGUUUUACAUUGAAAGCAUUUCUUUUCUGAAGGAUAAAACCACUGUCGAGCUCUUUUUCCUGAAUGCAAAGUCCUGUGUACAUAAGGGGCAUAUUGAGGUAGAAAGUGAGACAGUGUUCAGAUUAGCUGCUCUGAUUUUACAGGAAGCUAAAGGGGACUACUCCAGUGAUGAAAACACAAGAAAAGAUCUAAAGAACUUGCCUGUCUUUCCUACCAAGACACUGCAGGAACACCCGUCGCUUGCCUUUUGUGAGGACAGAGUCAUUGAACAUUAUGUGAAAAAUAAGGGUCUGACGAGAGGACAAGCGAUUGUUCGGUACAUGAAAGUGGUUGAAGCUCUGCCUACUUAUGGAGUCCAUUAUUAUGGAGUAAAGGAUAAACAAGGAAUCCCAUGGUGGCUUGGGAUCAGUUAUAAAGGAAUUGGCCAGUACGAUUUACAAGAUAAAGUCAAGCCUAGAAAAUUAUUCCAAUGGAAACAGCUGGAGAACCUUUACUUCCGAGAGAAGAAAUUUGCUGUUGAAGUUCAUGAUCCUCACAGGAUUUCAGUGUCAAGAAGGACUUUUGGACAAAGUGGCCUUGUAGUGCAAACCUGGUAUGCCAACACUUCUCUGAUCAAAUCCAUCUGGGUUAUGGCAAUCAGUCAGCAUCAGUUUUACCUGGACAGAAAACAAAGCAAAGCAAAAAUUCCGUCAGCCAGAAGUUUGGAUGAUAUUGCAAUGGACCUGACAGAGAUGGGAACACCGAAGGUUUCAAAACUAGGAGCUUUGGAGGCAAAGAGUCAACUUAUUAUGACCAGCAACGGUAGCUUAAUCUCCUCAGGGUCUCAAGAUUCAGAGGCCAGCGAAGAGCAAAAGAAAGAGAAAAUCUUGGAACUAAAAAAGAAAGAAAAGCUUUUACAGGAGAAACUCCUACAGAAAGUUGAUGAGUUGAAGAAAAUCUGCCUUCGGGAAGCGGAGCUUACUGGGAAAAUGCCAAAGGAAUAUCCCCUGAACACGGGAGAGAAGCCUCCUCAGGUCAGAAGGCGUGUUGGCACAGCCUUUAAACUGGAUGGAAACCUGCUUCCCAGCGAGGAGGACCCAACUCUGCAGAAUCUGGAGAGCAACUUUUUCAUACAGCAAAAACUUGUGGAAGCAGUGAAGAAACUUGCCGGUGAGCCAGACUUGUGCAAAAAUGUGAAGAAGAAAAGGAAACAGGAGUACACAGAGGCAGUGAGGAAGCUUCAAGAGAUUGAAAAUGCCAUUAAUGAGUACAGGAUUAAGUGUGGAAAGAAACCUGCACAGAAGUCAACCCUAACCUUACCAGAUGAAAUCAUCCCAUCUGAGAGCAGCUCAUUGUCUGAUACAACAACAUUUGAAGAUGGCAAUGAUUCUCUUGCUCUGCCAGGCCAAAGAAUGAACUCUGUGCCGCUUUCUCCAAAAUCUCCACCACCCAAAUCCCUUGGGGUGGAGAGAAUCCAUCUCAGGAAGUCCUCCAUGAACGAGCAGCUUCUCGAAGCCAGAUACUCCAGAUACUGGGAUGGUGACCACAUAUCGGAUUCCUCUAUUUAUAGUCACAGAGAUCCCUUGUCAACACACAGCAGUCCAUACAGAACAGUGGAGAGGCAGCACCAUGGUGGAAGAAGUAUGCCCACAACACCGGUUCUCACACGCAACGCGUACAGUAGCACUCAUUUACAGCCGGAUAUAUCCCCCCAACACUGCAGGCAGCGGAGUGGCAGCUUAGAAUCCGAAACCAAUUUAUUGUCUGAGACUGCCAGUGAAAAGCCAGUGUUCACCCUCUCAAAAUCCCAAAGAAGCAGCAGUACAGAAAUCCUAGAUGAUGGGUCCUCUUAUACCAGUCAGUCCAGUGCAGAAUACUAUUGUGUGACCCCAAAUCCAAGCCCCUACUAUACCACCCAGACUCUUGACAACCGUACAAGGAACAGGAGACGGUCCAAGAAACAGAACAUUUCUGCUGCCAAUUCGGGAAGCAUGCCAAACCUAGCCCAGAAGGACAUCCGCAAUGGUGUCUACCAAAAAAGCCAAGAGCAGCCAUCUGCCAACUGCUACAUUCCUGGCUACACCCCUUACACAGAGGGUGAUGUGUAUUACAAUAGCGGCUGCGUGUACGAGAAUGGCAAAGAGGGCCAGUACACUGUCAACCCUUCCUACCGUUCAUCGGCGCGCUACGGAUAUGAGCGCCGCUAUCGGGAAUUCAGGUCUUUCCACGAAGAUGAGAUAGAGAGAGUACCACACAACCCAUACGCCACUCUGCGCCUGCCACGGAAACCAUCUGUGAAAGCUGAACACAUCACCAAAAACAUUCACAAGGCCUUAGUAGCGGAGCAUCUUCGUGGCUGGUACCAGCGUGCCUCUGGGCAGAUAGACCAGGGCCAUGGCCUGCAGGCAGGCUUUGAUGUUGACAGAGGGUCACAGAGGAGCCUAGGCUUUGCUGGACUGCAGGUACCCUGUUGUCCAAGCAGCCGUGCAUCAUCUUUCUCUUCAGCAUCUUCUACAAACGUCUCUGGGAACUGGCGGAAUCAGAUUGCACUGGAACUUUCUGAUUACGAUACAUUGUCUCAGUCUUCUUAUGCUAGCUGUUACGGGAACAUGUAUGGCAACCACCCACUGCAGAGCAGGAUAUAUGCUGAAACAAGACAGUUGGGCAGCAGCGAUAGGAACCACUUGGAAGGCGACUUGCAAGACAGUGAGCAGAGACUGUUCUGGCAUGAGGAUUCGAAGCCUGGGACUUUAGUGUGAACCUGUCCUCUUAUUCAGUGACCCCAUGUGCCUUGCACGUUAUGCUAUUCCUGCAAAACAAAAAAACCUAGCUUCCAGGUACAACUCAGAAAUGAGGACCAUUAUGGGAGGAUGAAGUAUUCAGUGAGAAAAAGCUGCAAAUUCUUAUCCAUGCUACCACAACGAUAUGAAUCCAAAUAGACCAAAACGAGGAAGGUCUGGUUUUAAAUCUCCUACCACAAAAAGCAACCUUUGGUUGAAGUAUUUUGGAAAGCACUUUUUUAGAAGAUGGGAAGAAACUGAUGUUGCAAACUUCCAAAAAUGUGAAAAGGGGAUUCUUGUAGGAGCACAAUUCAGAGAAAAAGAAAAUUACAAUGUUGGAGUCACUUCUGCCAUAGCAUCUGCUGAUUAAGAAGACAACUUUGUGGCAUGAGUGCAUGGACAGAACAGAAGGCUGACUUUGCAUUGCAGCACUACUUGAAGGAUGCUUGGGUUUUUAAACAGUAUUUUGAAUGAGGUUGAAGAUGUUUUUAAGAUGUGCUGUUUUGAAUGUCUCUCUCUUAUUUGAAGCACCAUGAAAAGAAAGGAAGCAAUGGUUGCACAUUGCAAUGUACCACAUAAAUCUGAGCCUGCAGGGUGGUUGUUUUCUGGAAAAGUGGGAGCAGGCAGCUCCAAACUGCUUCCAUGCGAGAUAAAAAGUAAUUCUAUACUUCUCCAUGAUACAUUUUCACUUAUGCAAGGAUGCAUGCAGGUUUUAAUGGGGCAUGCACAGGAAAGCGUGGUUCUGAUAUGUCUUAAGAAACAAAGUUUGCAGGAGUAUGCAUUACUGAUGUGACAAGAUGUCUAGUGUAUUGAACAACUUCAUUAUAUUGGCCAGUAUUAUUUUUUUAAAGGAUAGACACAAUUGUGUCUAAAAGUAACACUUAAGUUGGUGCCUUAAAGUCAAAGGGCAUUAAAACUGUAAAAUAUGGUAUCUGAAAAACAGGUGCACUAUUCAUUCGCUUGCCCAGUCAAUGAAGUCAGGAGCAGAGCAGAGGACUAAACUCUUGUUGCUGUUCUCCUGGAGCUCCCCUACCUUUGAGUUGUGAUCAGUUCUGAGGAAAAAGAGGGAAGGAGGAAGGAGCACCUGGAUUUAGUCCAUGCUGGAAAAUAAAUUGGAUUUAGAGCUGACAGUAGCCCUCUUCCCACAAUACUCUCAUGAAGAGGCAAUACAGUAGGGUGUGAUGCGUCCUUCCCUGGCUCUCCCUGUCAGGUUCCUACCUGCUCGUGGUUACUCCUGUCUCUAGGCACCACCAGGGACUCCACCAGUCCGGACUGCUCUCUCUUAUGAUUUCUCUCCCCGCUCUAGCACAGAUCUCAACAGAUCCCCCUGCUAGGCAACCACCAGUAACGUCCCAAUACUAGUAUUCCCAGAGACUCUGAAUACUGGUAUUGUUAUUCUCUUCACCGCUGCCACCAUUUGUUACAGUUCCCCUUCAGCCUUGGUCAUUACCUUACCCUCCCUUCUGGUCUGCGAAACCCCAGCCAAGGAUCAGGCCUUUGGUAAACCAAAUUAAGUAUUUAUUACAGAUAACAAAGCUAACAAGAUUAACAAGAUUUCUUCUUAAGGCACAUAAGCAUAUGGUUUUACUCAAUACUAAUCCGAACUCCACCUCCUUCCUGGUAAACAACUCUCUAAACCCCACCAAGCAAUCCACUCUUUCUCUUCUUCCCCCAGAUUCCACAAUUCACCACCUCACAUUCACCCAGAUUUACCUGUCAUCCUUUCAUUUAUACUGUCAGCCAUUUUAAACAUUCAGCCAAUCAUCAAGCAUUCUAUUGCUCAUUCACUCCCCCUCCUCUUUCACUACUUACCAUGUAUACUCUAAACAACCAGCACUUACCAUAUAUACACUAAUAUAUAGGAACAUCACAUAGGGCCCCGCUCAUACGGCGGGUUCUGUUCCGAACCCCCGCUGUAAAGCGGAAAUUGCCGUAAAGCGAAACCCAUUGACGAUAAUGGGAUGCGUCACACAAAAGUGACGUCAAAAUGGCGUGCAACGGGGAAAAAAACGCCAUAAAAACGGAACAAGCGCCUUAAUGCGGGGACUUUCCCUAAUUGAAAGCUGCCGCAUUAGCGAAUCGCUGUAAAGCGGGGCCCUACUGUAUGGAUAUAAAUGGGCUGCAGGCUGUGUGUUUAGCAUUGCCGCUAAGUUGCAUGGUUCAUUCUGAACCCAAAUGUGUUGAAGGAUAAUUUCUGAAGCAAGGAGCCUUUUUUUAUCCUUGCCUGAUUUAAGCCUACGUGGAUUUAAAACAAAAGGCUUCCUACUUCAGAAUUUCUCUGUCAAUACUUGAAGGAUUGAGAGGAGUCAUGUGACCUCAGGGAUACAACUAAAUGAAUGGCCCUGCUGUCCCUUUGUAGCCAUGUUGCCUUUUAUACACAAGUAAUACAUGAAGAGGAUUAGUGUGGAUCACUUGUUAGGUGAUUCAGGAGCUGUAUGCAUGUCCCCCACCUAGUAAGCUGUCAAAUCCAUGAAUGGAAACCAGUUUCCACACAUGUGCAUAGACUUCUAUAGAUUGGGGUAACAGAGUGAUAAAUUAGCAUGUUCGCAAAAGAAGUGGAUAUUGUUUUCUGUUCAGAAGAAGAAGAAAGAAAUCAACUGCAGGUUUUAUCUAGGAGGAAUAAGCCUACCUCAUAUCAUCUACCUGUAGGAACAAAUUAGCUAAAGAUUACCUAGUGUAAUUUUGCAAACUUGUAAAAAAAUAUUUUUGUUUCUCAGCUAUACUGUGCUUCAGGAUUCUAUUCAAUGGUGCUGUUUGGGGAUCUUCUUUUUUAAAACAAACUAGAAUGAAUCACUCCUUGUUAUUGUGAAUAGAAAAGUUUCUAGAAAUAAGUUUUUGAACCUUUUUUUUUUUUACUGAUACUCCAAAGCAUGUAAAAAGAAUUCUAUAAAUAUAUGUAUAUAUACACAGGGAGAUUCUGGAUUUGUUAAGCUGGUCCUUAGUCAUUUGUAUUAUUAGAGUUAAUGUUUGGAAUAAACAUAGAAAAAUUAAACAAAAAAUUAAUUUAUUUCUUUUGUGCAUAUUUGUAUAGCUUUUUAGAAACAAGAAAAUCUUUUUUGCCUAUUCUUUUAGUGCUCAUGCCUUUUUAAAGACCUAUGAUUUUGUAUAGGUCAAUAAACUUAAAAGUAUGCUACUAAAUAUUUCUGGUAUUCUUUUUGUUCUUGUUUUGAGCUUUUAUCUUUUGGUGUCCCAGAGUGAACCCCAAACAAAACAUAAAUACACAGGAUAUGUAUGAGCCAGCUAAAAUUAAACAUUUUUAAGCACCAUUGACUAAUGGCAGAGAAGCCGUGCUUAAUUCUCAUGGUUUCUCCAUCCUUAGUAUAUUGUAAAUUCAGGCCUCCUCACCUCUUUGUUUUUCUUCUCUCAAAGAGUGCUGAAGUGUGAGUUGCGAUGCUUUUUAUAAUAGACUUUCUUUGGUUUUCCCGCUGCUAAAUGCCCCCCAACCAGCAAAUAUUAUAAACAUCUCUGAAGAAAGAGGCGCAUUAGAAAUUCAGUCACCUUUGUGGACCCCAUCCCACCAACAAUACACAGCUCGUUCAAUAGAUAUGCCCCAUGUGAGACUUUUUUUCCUCCCAGAACAUUGUAAAAUAAUUCAUAAGCACACCAACUAAUAUAUAAGGGUUGUGGGCAGCUCAUAGAUUUCCAGGCAUUUUAGGGCCAGACUAGAUGUAACAUUUAAACACGUUGUUUGACCUUGUGUGGGUUUUUUUAAAAAAAUGCGGGGGGAAUUCUGGAUUGGGACCUUGGUAUGGAGAAAGGGGACUUUAACCUUUUGUUCUUUGUGGUCCUGAUCCAAAUUUUUCCCCAUGUUGGUUAUUUAUGCAAGCCAACAUUCAAGGCCCAAGAAACAUGAAUAAUAUAUCUGGUUCGGCCUGCGGACAACAGCUAAGAAGGCCUCUGAUCCUAUCCUCCCCACCCCUGCCAAGGUCCUCACAUGUUCUGUUAUUUUAAUAUGACAUCUCAUUUCUCUCUCCAUGACCUCAAUAAGUAUCCUAAAAUAGUGUGCACAAAGAAACUCCGAUUUUGGAAAAUCCCACAUAUACUGAUUCUAAUUCACUUUAAGCUACGUGGAGUCAUCUUCCUCUCUCUCUGCUCAUCUCAUCUAAUAGCACAUUUAUAUGUAUAGAGACAUUUUCCCAAACUGCUCUCUGCUCAGUAUCAUUAGCCGAAGUCUUCCUGAAAUGUGCUCGUCCACUUUCCUUUGUUGAAUAACAAGAGGCAUUUUCCCUGUAAUCUGUUCAGCAGCAUCAGACUCAAUAUGUCAUCAAUAGCACUGUCACUGAUUUUUUCUCUCCUUCCUAUACUUGUAAUGUGGCAGGAUUUCUUCCAAACAAAAUAGGCAAGCAUGGCUAUCAAAAGCCACUUUUUUGUAUCAUCUCUAUCCACAUCUAGCCAAACAUACAGACUUUUUCACAAAGAAAGAAAGCACUAUCAAAAAAACCUUCCACUAAUUAUAUCCUGGCCUGUAAUGUUUAGUAACCGGCUUUUCCUUUUAUUGUGUUCCCCUC